CAACACCAGGAUGCUUUUGAUAACCCCGUCAAACCACAAAUGCGUGUUGCUUCCCAAGCUGGCUUUCGUCCCGGAAUAAAAACCAGACAUCAGACAAACAUAUAGCGGAAAUUGGCUUCAAACACCACUUUGACUUGCAGUUAUAAAAAUAAACAGAGAGAAGAUUUAGACAGAAAAGAGCAGAGAGUUUUCUUUAUGUAAAUGCAUCAAAAGAUAUCUGGCGAACAGCUAGAGAUCGGAAAAGUAAGUAGCGACUGCAUCACUUCCGAUUUCAACCAUACUACUUCCCCACUACUCUUUUACUCUCAUCAAUUCAAUCAAAACUACAUUGAAUCAACCCCACAAAAAAGUUCUGAUUUUUCCAUUCCAAACAAGCAUCAUCUUACCAUCCAAAUCCCAUUCUCACCCACAUCACCAAACGCAUCACCACCACCAUCGCCACCAGCGCCACCAUCACCACCAACAACGACAACAACGCAUCAUUACAAAAAACCCAACUUUCAAUAUCAUGAACCUUCCUUCCCCAAUAAUCCUUUUCCAACGCAUGCUCUUCUCUCAACUCCCCACAAGAGGCCUAUGAUGACCCACAAUUGUCGUUCUCAUUCCCCAAUACUUCCUUCUUUCAAGAACCACCAUAACCACCGCAAAAGGGUUGAUAGGUUGGCGUCAUAUUCUUCUCUUUUCCAAUCUUUUUCUUGUUCUACUUAUUUUGCUGUUCCUUUUGAUACUCAAGAACUUGGUAGGAAACUUGUUCAUCAUUUGAACCGUGGCCGUUUGCUUUGUAUCCACUUACGUUUUCUUGUUUUUCUUUCUCUUCCUUCAAUUUACUUCUUGGUUUCGAAUCCUUGGCGGUUUUUUGUGUUAAAUCUUCUUGCUUUGCUUGCUUUCUCGCUUACCCUUUUGGUUUCUCUUAACCUUGCACUAACUCGAUUGCCUUCGAUUCGAUUACUUCUUGCUCAUUCAUUACCUUCGAAGUUUAGUCAACUAGGUUCAUCAUCUAUAUCUUCAAAAGCUGUUGUUUGGUCAAUUGGGUCAAAGCCAAAAUCCGAGAAGGCCAAUUCGGGGACUUGGGUGCAGCUUUACAGUAAUGGGGAUGCAUAUGAGGGUGAAUUUCAUAAAGGGAAAUGUUCAGGGAGUGGGGUUUAUUAUUACUAUAUGAAAGGAAGGUACGAGGGGGAUUGGAUUCAUGGAGAAUAUGAUGGUUAUGGUGUGGAAACAUGGGCAAAAGGGAGCCGAUAUCGCGGUCAAUAUAGGCAGGGAUUAAGGCAUGGAAUUGGGGUGUAUAGGUUUUAUACCGGUGAUGUUUAUGCUGGGGAGUGGUCUAACGGUCAGUUUCAUGGAUGUGGAGUGCAAACUUGUGACGAUGGCAGCAAGUAUGUGGGGGAGUUCAAGUGGGGUGUCAAGCAUGGCCUUGGUCAUUACCAUUUCAGAAAUGGGGACAUAUAUUUUGGGGAAUAUUUUUCUGAUAAGAUGCAUGGAUUUGGUGUUUAUCAAUUUGGAAAUGGACACCGAUACGAGGGAGCCUGGCAUGAGGGAAGAAGACAGGGAUUUGGUACAUACACUUUCAAAAAUGGUGAGACACAAUCUGGUCACUGGCAAGAUGGUGUUCUUGAUGUUCUUAACGCACAAAACACCCAUCUUGGAAUCCCCCAUGCUGUCACUCAAUCCAGAGUCUUUAAUGCUGUCCAGGAAGCACGGCAAGCUGCUGAGAAAUCUUAUGACAUUGCAAAGAUUGAUGAGAGAGUGAAUAAAGCUGUGUCAGCUGCCAACAAAGCAGCCAACGCUGCCAGAGUGGUAGCUGUUAAAGCCGUACAAAAGCAAAUGCAUCAUCACAACAGUGAUAAUCUACCAACUUCAAUCGCCUAAUAUAGGAAUAUAUGACCUCCAAAAUGGUGCUUCGGUUUACAAAUUCACAAUACAGGCAUCUUCUUUAGCUGUUCUCUUCAAUUUUUGACAUUAUUCAUUAUUCCUUCCCGCUAUAACAAAUGAUAACAAGGUACCUGCUUGGAACCACGUUCAGUCAUUCAAGAAGAUGGUUGAUCAUGGAGCAAGAGGUUGGCCUUCCCUUUUCCCUUUUUUUCAAUGGCUUUACUAAUGUAUAUAGGUUGAGUUUAUGAGCGAAGGAUGGCACUAAGGUGUGAGCCUGGUACUGCUUGUCUCUUUUUCUUUUUGUUAAUGUAAUUAGUUGUAUUUUCCAUAUCCUGGAAGUCUGGGUAAACCAUCCAGUCCAGCAAGCCUCUUGUGUACUCUGGUUAAUGAGAAUAACCGCAAGAUGUUAACACUCUCUUGAACUCCAUUGCUCACCGCACUAUCUCUUUUUUCCUUGUUGGAUGGGGAAGUGCAGGGUUCAUUUAUGGCAUGAGCGCAAACGUGCGAAGUUGUUAAAAAACUUACCAGCAGUUACUACAUUGGCAACACAGGUGACUUCGGUGAGGAAAUACUUUCUUUUCGUUGAGAUUUUACAUUACAUUGUAUGAAAAAUUAUAGGGAGAUACGGAUUUUGUUGAGAAUUUUCAACAUUUUCUGACUACCGAUUCAACAGUAUACUUGACUGUGGUGCAAUUGGGAUUGUCCCAAAAUGUGAUAGUGGCCUUAACCCACUCAUCCUGAUAUAUUCACUUUAACAGGCAGCUACAGGCCUAAUCCCAUGGAAUCCUCAUCAUAAGCUUCCUUAACAGGUACAACCAGACCCAUACCAAGCCCAAUUCUUCCAACUCGCAGGACCCAAAUUAUGCUUCUUCUAGAAGAAGUUCUUCUAUAGUGACCCCAACACCCAUCUCCAAGUCGCGAGUCAAUCUGCAAAUAACAAAGUGGAUGUCAUGUCAAGGUUAAAUCUGACGGUAAAGUUCCAUCAGUAUUUUGGGUGACCGGAUCAAAAGUGUGGAUGGGAUGCUUUUCCGUUUGACGACUCUCAAAAUUUGUGACCGACGUUUCAGGGAGCAUGGAAACAAAUUCUUCCCUUGAGAUGUUUGUUUGGAUGUGGGCUGUGCUGAUUGCAUUUUGGGAGUCAACUUGUAUGAGCAGAAUGACUUCAGAGGGGGCAUUGGCAAGUCAAGAACAUAAUCUUGGAUUCUGUAAGCCAUCCGAGAAUAAAGAGUGGCUUGAAUUAGGCUUGGCCUUGGGUCCAUAGGGGCUCCAACAAUUCCCACGUGAACCUGAGAGGCAGUGGCCUAAAAUUUGCCUUGUAGAAACAUGGAAAUAUUGGGGAGAAGUCACAAAGAAUGUUUCAGCGUUGUGUGUCGUCUCGAACAUCGCUAAACAUGCAGGCUGAUACUGUAUGAAUCUAGAAUCAAGCAAGGCGAUUAUAGUGGCUAAUGGAAAUCCU